AUGAAGUUCGCCGCGCGGCAUAAUUAUAUGGACAUCUUGGAUGCCGCCGCGCCUCACGCCAUCGGCACGGACCUCAAGACCAUGAAGGAGAUCCUGCCCGCCUCUCUCAUCCUGCCAUGGGUCACCUUCAACGACGCCUACAACCAGAUCGCGCUCGGUCUCCCCGGGACCCUCUCAAGCGAAGUCCACAUCGACGAGGAGGCCCCAAACGCGCACUACAACGACUACCAUGACACCUACGAGGCGUGCAAGCUCGGCGACAAGCGCGCUGAGAUCUGGCGCUCGAUACAGCGCGACAUCGCGCUCGUGGUAGUCGACGGCGGUGCCCAGAACCUCCGCAGCCUCGACCGCCUGUUCAGCAUCGACCUGUUCCAGCGCGUCGCCGCGUGCGACUGGUGCCAUGGCGCGCUCUUGGGCUACAAGUUCAAUACCGAGCGGCAGAUGAAGGCGCUGCGUGCGAAGCAUCCCUUCUCGAGCUACCUCUCUUAUCCGCGCGUCGACGCUCUCAGGCGGCGCAACGAGGCGCUGGCGAAGGAGAAGGAGGCCAUAGAGGUCGACAAGGAGGCGCUAAGAAUCGAGCUGCAGCGCGCGGUGGACGCCAGAGCGCGGGCAGAGGCGGAGGCGGCGGAGGCGAGGAAUGUGGCAGUACAGGCCGGGCAGCGGGCGGCCGAAGCCGCGGAGCGGUCCGCCAACGCGUUCCGUGGUCUGGUCGUCGCCAAUGACGAGAUCCGACAGCUCCGAGGGGAAGUGAGCCGCCUGCAGGAUGAGGCGGAGGCGACGCAGAAGGAGCUCCUGAGGGCGCAACGCAGGGCUCGUCGGUUGUUCAAGAGGCUUGAGCAGGCGCGUGCCAUUCUACACGCUGGAGAAGACGACGACGACGACGGGAGCGAGGAAGAAGGCGGGAUAGAUGUCGAGAUGCAGGAGUACAAGAUCGACCAGCAGCCGGACGUGCCUCCGACUCUCACUCCCCCGCCAGAAGCGCAACCCCUUCCGAGCGCGGCGGCAUAUGGAGCAGCUCCCGCGGAAGAUGGCGAGGGCGCCAUCCCACCGCCUGCCGGCGCGCCGCUCUCAAUACCAGCCACAGACAGCAGAGCGGAGAACUCACCAAGAGAUCCGCCACCAUUGGUCGCGCCAGAGUCAUACGCAUCAACCUCCGCUCCGUUCAGCAUCCAAACCUCGCGUGCCAUCACACUCCCCACGCUCCUCGGUGUUCAAUCGCCGCCGCAAGCCAACCCAGACGAGGCUACAGAGCCCACUGACAACGCGAGCACCAGCAAGAAGCGCAAAUGGACAACCACGAUCAUGAAGACGUGGGUAGGUACCAACCCUAGCACGACCGCGCCUGAUCUUGAGGUCAGAGAUCCCAAAGCCCGUGCCCGACUGGAUAGGAAGUGA